GUUUGGUAUUUUAACAAAAAUAAAAAAAAUAAAUAAUUUUUUGAAUAAAAUCAAAAGAAAGUUUAAGUUUUUCCUUAAACACCAAAUUCAUUGGCUUGCUGUUGCUCUUUAAAAAAUAGUGUAGUGUAGCAGUUUAAAAAGAAGAAGAAGAAGUGGCAAUAAAAAAUAGAAUUUCAUAAUCAUUGUAAUUUAAUAACAUUACAAAAUCACAUCAAAUCGCAUAAAAAUUGUAACAAUUGCAAUACAACAAAAUUGCAAAAACAACAGCAACAACAACAUUGUCAAGACAUAAAAUCUUAUAAUUUUUUUGGAGUAACAACAACAAUACCCUCAACGAGAAAUUCCAGAACAAUGGGUCUAACGAAACAUCUCUAUUGUCUGCUGUGGCUGUUUGGAUUAUUUUGUUUAAUUAAUAAUUCAGCUGCCCAAUCACAAAGCAAACGCUCAUCCCGCAUUACCAGCUCUCGCACCAGCUUUGGCACCAAUGUCAAAAGUUCCUCAUCAUCCUCGUCCUCCUCAUCGUCCAAUUCGAAUGGCGUCAAUUUCGAUUGUCCCGAAGAAUUCGGCUAUUAUCCCCAUCCGACGGACUGUACCCAGUACUAUGUCUGUGUAUUUGGUGGAGCCCUCUUGGAAAGUUGUACCGGCGGUUUGAUGUAUUCGCAUGAGUUGCAAACAUGUGAUUGGCCACGUAAUGUGGGAUGUGAAGUUGUCGAUAGCGGUGAUCGUGAUGUUGUUAUUAGCAAACAACAACAGCAACAAGUGCAACAACAACAACAGCCACAACAUUUGCCUAGCCGCAUACGUUUCGGUUCAUCCUUUACCAGUCCCCAGGCUCAACAGCAACCUCAGUUGCAGCAACAGCAACAACAACAGCAGCAACAGGUUUUGAAGCCCACCGUUCCACCGCAAUAUCAUCGCCAGCCACCCCAGGUGAUUCAGGCUCAAGUUCAGACCAUACCACCACCACCGCAAUUGAAGGUAUCACCCAAUCCUGUCAUCACAUCCCGCGGCCAGCCGAAACAUUUGUUGGAGGCCCAAGAGGAAAUCGCUAAGCUCUAUGCCGAUGCCCAUGACAGUUUGCCUCCGGUCGAAGAAGAAGAAAGCGAUCGCCAACAACGUGUCUACCGUGGCCAACCCAGUACCGUUAGCCAGGUGCAAAAAGAUCGUGAUGGUAUCCUACAUCAGGCUAGCAUUAAUGCCAUACCCAGCAAUGACAAGUAUAGUUCUUAUAAUUUUGGCUCACAAUACAGAACAUACAACAUGGACCUUGACUUGUUGGCUAACAAUGGACUAGAGGAGGAAGACAGUAACAAAAACGACAACAACAAUGACUUAUACAUUGUAGACGCCAAAGAUCUUGACCUCAAUGACCAUCGCCGUAUGAAACGUGAUUUAGAUGGACAGAAAUUGGCCGAAACAAAUGAAGAGCAGGUCGUUGGGGAGGAAGAGAUAAAAUUGAAGGCUUCCCCCUCCACUGAGGAAACAAUGCAGGAAAUCUCAAUUUUGGUGGAAGAGCUGUAUGGUCCGGAUUUUAAGACCACUUCUCCUGAGGAUCUCAUGGAUUUAAUGAAAAAUAAAAUAAGCAAGGAUAUGGAAGAGACUCAGAAAUUACUGAGUACAGCGGAGGCUCUAGGCUCGCCAAGGAAAAAUGAAAAUCAGGUGGAAAAUCCAGACAAUGAAAAUGGGGAAAUUAAGAGAAUUUCGUUGGCCCAAAAUCCCAAAAUUGCGGAAGAAGAACCUGAAAUUUCUUCAGACCUGGAAAAUAAAUCCCAAAAUGCCAUUUCCAAGGAAGCUGAAGCCCCGGAGUCACCUGCCCUGGGAAAACAACAGGACUCUCUCCCUAACUCUAAUGAAAAUAAAGAUGCAGCCGAAACUAAAAUCGCUGAAAUUCAACCCCUUAUCACCGAUAUGCCCCCACUCAACCCCGAGAAUAUACCCACCGAAAUUGUGACCCGUUCCCCCGAUGAAGCUAUGGUGGACAUGGAAUAUGUGGAUACCAAUGAUAAUGCCGUGGCUGAGUCGAAUGUAAGAACCAUACGCCAACUAAGGCCCUAUAGUCCAACCCAAAACAUCAGACCCCGGGUUCAGUGGUCAUCAACGGGUCAGGGUCACAAUUAUCGUUCCAUUGACUCAAAUCCCUAUCAGCAAUCGCAACAGUAUCAACAAUAUCAUCAAAGUUCCUCCCAAUCGGUGCCCUACUCAUUUGGAGCCUUUAAUCCCUAUCUAUCACCACCCUCCACUCCGGCCUAUGCUCCCUUGAAUUCCGUGAAUUCGAACUAUAAAACCCAAAAUUAUCAAACUGGAACCAUCAAACAAAAACCCAAGGUGGUUUAUACGGGUUACAAUUUAUCUCUGCCACCACCACCCAAGGAUACAGGCAGUGAUUUUAGGCCAAUGGUGGGGAAUUAUUACUCCAGUACCGGAAGCUCUUCCUUGGCUUCCAGUACCACUGGGCGCCCAGGGCAAUAUGUCAAUCAACCCGAUUUACUGCCCUAUAUCCUACAAUCCCUCAAGGAGUUGAAGGAACAAAGAAAGAAAUUGCAGGGCGUAAAUUUCAGUUACUUCCACUUGGACAAUCAACCGCUGAGAGAGGGGACAACUGCUGAUCCAUUGCAGAACUACAAAACCUCACCCGGCAAGGUGACACCCAACUCACAUUUCUCGCAAAUCAGCACAGUGGGAGGAUUUUACAACAACAAACAUUUGUCGGGAAGUUAUCCCAGCAAAUAUCCCUCCUCAAGCUAUCAGGAGCCGGAGGAGCAGAGCUAUGACCUACCCAGUUCCACAGAGAGUAACUAUUUCCAAUACAAUCUAAUUGCCAAUCAAAAAAUGAAAAAUUUCUAUAGCACCUUGAAUCCCGGCAGCUCCCCUUCCCCAGCCUCUGUGACCUCGAAUAUCAAUAUUGUAACGCCACCAAAAUUGGGCAAAUUUCCAGGAUUUGAACAAUUUGCAAAUGGCAUAACCUAUGCCAAUAGCUCCACCCAACCCGAAUCCUAUCAAAGUUUUCUCCAUGCCCUGAGUAGCACCACCGAAUUGCCCAGCAGACUACGACCCACACCUGGCUCUGGCAAACCCAUAAAACUGCAAUUUGAUCUCCCUGAAUUCAUUUCUAAUCUACAAAGUCAGGAUAUGUCCCAUUUAAACCCAGCCGUAGUGGAUAUGUUGGAAUAUGUCAAAGAAGUGCACAAAGAAAGGCCCAUCUCGGUCACACCACCCACCCUCAACAUAAAUGAGGUAACCCAUAAACCAGUCACUGUGGGAGUGCCCAUUGUUGCCACCACCCGACGGCCCACAAAGGGUUAUGAAAGCUACCUGAAUAGUCUGAAAACCACCACAAAACCCAGACCUCCACCACCAUCAGCUGCCGAAUACUAUGAUGAGGAAUACGAAGAGGAGGAGGAAGACGAAGAAGUUUUGCCACCCUCACAAAUGCCUCCCUAUAUGCCCAUGACCGAGACCAUGGCUCCGCCCAGGCAAGAAAUGAUGCCGCCACCCCUGAAACCCACCGAAAAUCCCAAUAAAAAUUAUCACAACUACGAUACAGGAUUUGUGCAGGUGACCACCACUCGGCGGCCUUUCUGGGUGGCCCAUCAGCAGUUCCAACAAUUCUAUCAGCCACAAAGUGGUCAGGAUCAGCAGUCUCAGCCACCCAAUCAAAUUCCUUCGUUUAUAAACUUCCCCAGUGAUUAUUUCCAAGAAAUUAAACAGAAAUUACCCGCCAGACCUCAGACCAGUAGUUCGACCAGUACGACAACAUCGACGACGACAACAACUACCACCACGACCACCACAGCUAGACCAAUGACCUCAACAACAACAACUAGUAUACCAAAAAUGCGUUAUACCAUCCGACCAAAUCGCAAUCGGGGACAGAACAAAUGGAAAACUCAAAAUCAGAACAACAACAACACAAUUAGUAAUAGCAACAACAACAGUAACACACCUAGUGGUACAAAAUUCAUGACCAUUGACUUGAAGGAUAAACCCCUAAUAGGCCUUAGAAAACGCCCCCAACAAUUGGCAUCGUCUUCUAGCGGAAACGGCAACAAUAACCUAAUAAUGCCCAUGCUGGACUUGAACGGACCCAACAGGGACAUAGAAUAUCAGCAGCAGCAACAACAACAGCAGCAACAACAACACCAGCAACAGCAACAAUAUCAACAACCCAUUCGACAAUCGACUUAUCGCCCAUUGGAUGUUUUCACAACACCCGCACCUGCACCGCAAUCAGCGCUACGAGAAACUUAUAAACCAGCCAAGCAACAACAACAACAGCAGCAACAACAACCGGAAAGACCAACCUAUACGAAUCAACAGCCCUUGGUCUACAAUUCGGAUUACGAUGAAGAUCUGAUUGCCCAGAUCGAACAAGACAAUGCCUACGAUCAACCCACACGCCCACCACCAUCAAGGAAUGAACAAGUGGCCAUCAAGACCCUCAGUGCCGUUGGUCCAUCCUCCACUGUACGCAGCCUUUUAAUCAAUGAUGAACGGAAUUAUUACAGUACCUUGACCACACCUCUACCACCACGCCAGCCAUCCCCCAUUAAUCUGCCCCUGGCUAAUGGUAAUCACAAUAACAACGAGGAAUAUGUCUAUGAAACGGAAUAUGUGGAUGAUCCCGAUUACUAUUACAAUGACAAGGUGGUGCAACGUCCUGAAGUGCCCCCCACUGUGGUGAAAAUCAAUAAUGAUGAUUAUAAUCGCGUUAUCAAUGCCAAAUUGCCGCAGGAUAAUCGUAUCUUGAAUCCGGUCCGAACAGAAGUAACACAGGCCUCAACGAGGAGUACUGCCCCCAGUACAACUGUUCGCAUACCCACGACAAGUACGACUAGCAGCUCAACAACCACCACCACCACACCCAGGACAACAAGCACUACCAGGACGACCACGACCAGCACAACGACAACAACUACCACCACGACCACAACCACACCCAGGCCCCAAACCUCAACGAAAUCAAGACUUAAUUCGAAUAGUAACAGGAAUCGUGGUAGCUUAUCAUCUUCGAACAACUACAAUCAAGGAGAUGUUGGAUCAUCACCUGUGACCAGUAAUCGUGGAACGCAUCCACCCCGCACACGUCCCACAUUGAAGCCAUCGGGAACCAUUGUUAGCAAGGCCCAAGAGUUCGUUGAUAUCUACAAGAAUCCACCAUCCCGACCGGAACCAUUGUAUCCUCAGCCCACACCCGACAAGACAGCUGCCAAGUGUCGUAAGGAUGUUUGUCUAUUGCCCGAUUGCUACUGUGGUGGUAGAGAUAUACCCGGAGACUUAAAACUCGAACAAGUACCACAAAUAGUUCUGAUCACAUUCGACGAUGCCAUCAGCAUGCUCAACAUAGAACUCUACGAGGAGCUAUUCAACAAUGAGACUCGAAAAAAUCCCAAUGGUUGUCCCAUACGGGCAACGUUCUAUGUAUCGCAUGAGUGGACCGAUUAUGGCAUGGUCCAGGAUUUGUAUGCUGAUGGCCAUGAAAUGGCUUCUCAUACUGUGUCUCACAGUUUUGGUGAACAAUUCUCCCAGAAGAAAUGGACCCGUGAGGUAGCUGGCCAACGUGAAAUUCUUGCCGCCUAUGGUGGUGUCAAACUUUCCGAUGUUCGUGGCAUGCGUGCUCCCUUCUUGUCCGUUGGUGGCAAUAAAAUGUUUAAAAUGCUCUACGACUCCAAUUUCACCUAUGACUCAUCGAUGCCUGUCUAUGAAAAUCGUCCACCCUCAUGGCCAUAUACAUUGGACUAUAAGAUAUUCCAUGACUGUAUGAUUCCCCCCUGUCCCACAAAGAGUUAUCCCGGUGUAUGGCAAGUGCCAAUGGUGAUGUGGCAAGAUUUGAAUGGUGGACGUUGUUCGAUGGGUGAUGCCUGCUCGAAUCCAUCUGAUGCUGAGGGUGUAACCAAGAUGAUCAUGAAGAAUUUUGAAAGACAUUACACAACAAACAGAGCUCCAUUUGGUUUGUUCUACCAUGCUGCCUGGUUUACCCAACCUCAUCAUAAAGAAGGCUUCAUCAAGUUCUUGGACACCAUCAAUGCCAUGAAUGAUGUGUGGAUAGUUACCAACUGGCAGGCCCUGCAGUGGGUGAGAGAUCCCACACCUUUAUCGCGAAUUAAUUCAUUCCAGCCAUUCCAAUGUGAUUAUUCGGAUCGCCCCAAACGUUGCAAUAACCCCAAAGUCUGCAAUCUCUGGCACAAGUCUGGUGUGCGUUACAUGAAGACAUGCCAGCCAUGUCCUGACAUCUAUCCAUGGACUGGCAAGACAGGCAUACGAUCAUCGCGCAUUGACAACGAUAUUGAAGAUUCGACAGCGUAAUUUGUCAUAAAUUUUGCUAGGAUUAAAUAAAAGCGAUACAAAAACCACAACAACAACAAACCUUCAAAAUUAACAACAACAAAGGCACAAAUAAUCAAGGACGAAAUUUACAACAAAAAAAUGGAACAUAAAAAACAUAUUCACUCGUUUUCCACACGAAGCAACAUUUUCCCCCCAAUUUUCAUCAUUUUGUUUUACUUAAUUUAAGAGAAGAAAAACUACAACAACUAGCAGACAACAACAUUGAUGCAUCCUUACAAAUAAUACUCUCACGCCCACACUACUCCUUCUGGCCCCCACCACCCUUAUCCAUUAUCACCUAAAAUAAAAAUUAAGUUAUAAGGAACAACAACAACAAAAAACUUUAGUUAAGAAAUUUUUCGUUAGUAAAAUUUUCAUUGUAACUAAAUUUUUUUAAGCGAUUUUAUUUGUAAAGUUUUGAAAUGAAAUUAGAAAAAAAUUGAAAUUUUUAUUUUUAAACACUAUUUUUUGUUUGUUAAUUUAAUUUAUUAUGUUUAUUGUUUCUAUUUUGGAAUUUAUUAAAAAAAAAAAAAAAUAAAAUGUGAGAACAAAAUGUCCUUCAAAAUUAUUUAUUCAAAAUUUGUUAUUUUAUAUAUAAAAAAAUAAAUAGAAAUAAUAAAAAUGAAAACAACAACAUCAAAACCUGUAGCAUGUAUAUUAAAUAUUUAGUUAAAACAAAAAAAAAACAAAUUCAAAUAAUUUUUUGUGUGUAAUUUCUUUACCUACCUUCUUAGGUAAUGGAAUCUCCAAACAAAAAUAUGGCCACAUUUAAGCGCAAUAUUAGUAUUAAACAAAAUAUACACAAUGUUUUAAUUUGUUUUUUAUAAAUGAAUGCAUAAAAACCCACACACAAACACAUAUCCACACAUACUACCACUCACCAUUUAAUUAGCAAGAAAUAAAUUUUAGACAAAAUUAAAAAAAAUCAAACAAAAUCCAUAUCCUCAAAAAUCCUUGUAAAAUAUUGAAUUUAUAUCUGUAUGUAUUUUUAUUUUUCGAGUGUAUUAUAAUUAUGUGUAUUAUUAAGAAGUUUUAAAUGAUAAUGAAGUAAAAUAAAACAUAAAAAUUAAAUAAAAAAAUCAAGAAACAAAAACACAUGUAGUAUAUUUAAGUUGUCAUACAAAAAAAACAGAGUAUAACAUAUGUGAUAAACUAACGCGAAAGAUAACAAAUUAACUGGGUAUAUUCCAAAAUCUUCACACAUUUUCCAAUUUCACUUCACUGGCACUUUUACUUUUAAAUUCAACUAUUCAAUCGAAAAAAUUUCCUUUUCUGGAUUUUUUAAUACUUCAUUUCCCUUUCAUAAUAUUGUUUCAAAAUUGAAAGUUUUCAAAAUUAACAAGAAAAUAAUAAAUACUCCAAAAAUAUAUUGUAAUUCUCAAAUUGUGCUUGCCUAAAAUUAUGGUCGGAUCGAUGUCAAAUUCUACAAAUAUUUUAUUAUUUAUGUGUGACUAAACCAAACUUCAUAUAAAUUUGACAUACAAAACCUGUUUGGUGUAUCGAAUGCAUGAAAUCAGACGAAAAUAUAUAUGGGAGCUACAUCCAAAUCUGAACCGAUUUCAAUAUAAUUUGGCAAUAUAGAGCGAUUCAUAUGGGCGAAAAAACAAUUUUUAAAUUUCAAUACUAACAUUGGUUACCUAAGAGAUCGAUUCGAGAGAGCAAUUUUGACAGCCCCUUCUCUGAGAGAACUGAUUUACCCAGAGAGUACGGCAACAGAAAACCAGUAAGAAAAGGUUUAAAGUAUAAGAUAAGAAUAAUAUUAAACAAUUAAAAAAACUGUAAAUUCGGCCGGGCCGAACUUUUAAUGCCCUCCACCAUUUGGAACAAAUUUGGAAAUUGUCGAGAAAAUCAAAUACGUUAAAAAUGCUGUUAAAAUCUUAAAAAUACCGAAUAAAAAGAAUUAUAUUGUUGUCUAUACGAAGACGUCGAUCUGCAUAGGCAACUUUUGUCAUAAGCCAUUACAAUAUUCAAAAAAAAAGAAAAUUGAAAAACAAAUCUUGAAAAAAAUCUAGCUAAAAUCAUCAAAAUAUCGAAUAUAGAGAGGUACCGUUACAUCGGGGCUAGACGAAAACCUGAACCUGCAUAGACAAUACAAAUUUUAAACAAUAUCGGUUAAUAAUGUCGCUAAAAUCAUCAAAAUAGUGAAUAUUGGGAGGUACCGUUAUAUUGAGGCUAUAGGAAGAUGUUGGUCUUCAUGCGCAAUUUUUUGUCAUAGGCUGUAGUACCCGUUACGAAUUCUAAAUAUGAAAUUUCAAACAACUCCGGUGAAUAAUGACCCUAAAAUCAUCCAAAAAUAUCGAAUAUCGUAUGUAUUUGGGCUAUAUCGUAGAUCUAUAUAGAUAUUUCUUUUAGACAAUUCCAUCGAAAAAAAUUUAGCUAAAACCAUCAAAAUACUGAAUAUAGGGAGGUACUGCUUUAUAGGGGUUAUACGAUAUCGUGAACGUACAUAGACAAUACUCUUCCAGGGGGUAAAGUACUCAGAAGGGACUCCUUUUGUGAAUUUUCAGACAAUUCCAAAUGUAGCUAAAAUCAUCAGACCGAUAUAGCCUAUCUUCAAACUUGACCUGCCUAAAAACAAAAGACUGUUAUAUGCCGAAUUUUAGCAUCCUAUCAUAUUUGUUUUGACUCUAUCGUGAUUAUAACGGAGGCACAGAUGGAUGGAUUUUAGAAUUUUAAGCUGAUCAAGAAUAUUUAUACUUUGUUAUGUCUAAAAAUAUUAUUUCGAUGAGUUACAAACGGAAUUUCUAGUGGAAUGGCUUCAAAUUCAGUCAUUACAGUUCAUAAUUGGUUCUAUCUACUGUGGCAGAACAUUGUCUACAUAAUAAUUACUUAUAAUUUGGUAUUUGGAUUUCGUAAAUGGUUCUACCAGCAAAAUGUAUAUAUCGGUCAAUAUUUUUCUGCUUCCGAUGUUUGGGAAAUUUGUAUUGUUUACUGGAAUUUCGGAACUCAUAGACAUAUUUUUACAUAACCUACUUUCCAAACAUUCUUACUUAACUGCUUCCACACUUGUUAAAAUAUUAUUUGUAUAUUUAAAAUUCUCAAAUUUUCCAAAUAAAAUAUAAAAUUAUUAAUAAAAAUUCGAAUUUUCAAAUUUUUCAUUCUCAAGUUUUUUCUAUUUCCUUGCCAACAAUUAUUUUCGAAUCGAUGUCGUAUUCAGGAUAUAUUUUCUUUAAUGAAAGCUCAAUAUAAAUGGAUUAAAAUAGUCAGAGAUUGAUCGCUUUUGUUUUAGAUGAAAUGAAAAUAUUUUGAGCGUGUCUUAUAGGUUCACGAAGAUGUGAUCAUAUGCUCCUAUCGUACAUCUCAUAGGGUGUUCUACAAAUUUCUUGGUAAUGGAUAUAGAAAACUUUGUUACCCAAUCAAUUCAUCGAGGAUUAGACGAACUAACCCAAGAUUUCGGCAAUAUAUCCAAAAAACGAGACAUCUGAUCAAUUAUACGACAAAAUUUUCUUUCUUCUCUUCUGUAAAAAAUCAAAUUAUUUAUUUAGAUAUAUAACGUUUUUGAUAAGCGUUUUAUAUGUCUGGAAAAGUAUUUAAGGGUUUACUCUUCGAACUCGAUAUUCGAAUAAACUAAUUUUGUUAGUGAAACUUCGGAAAUUCAUAGAUUUAUUGGAAGUUCUUAUUUAUAUCGGAAGUCACAAAGUCGAUAUCCAUAAUCCAUUUUUGGUCGAUUCUACUCUUCCAUAUAAAUAUAAGGAAGACUCUAUCCUCACUUCGGAUCAGUUGGUUAUUUUUCAAUAUAACAUAUCGAUAUAUUCGUCUAGACCACAUGAAGUACACAUAUCAUCAAAACGCGUAAAAAUCAGUGUCGUUUCAGUAGACUAAUCGUAUGUUGAAUUUGCCUCAACAUUACUGUAGAAUGUAUUGGAGACGUAUGACCGUGCCUGCUAAUGUUUUACCAAAUGAAAUUGGUGAUAAUUGAUCCACAUUUUGUUAUAUCUUUGUCCGAUUUUAAUUUUAUUGGGCGCCACAUGUUAAAUAUUCUUCCAAAUUUCACAUUUUUCUGCACAUGCGACCAAAUUGAGUCUAGAAGCAAAUAUGUCAAAUAAAUUUUGUGAAAAUUUGUUCGGAUAUAGGUAUAGCUCCCAUAUAUAUGUUUCAUCCGAUUUUGUAUUUAAUUCCCUCGCAACCGUAAAAUUCCUUCCACAACAACGAUAUUUUGUUCCAGCUAUCAGAUACAGCAUAGAAAUACCUCUGCUAAUUUAUAUAGAGAUCGGUUCAGGAUUGGAUAUCUUUAUCCGAUUUUACGUUUAGAGCGCCUAAAAAGUUCUAUAUCAGCUUAAUUAAGAUGGAUUCUGAUGAAUAUCGGUUCAGUCAAAAAUCGAUUAAGAGGGGGAUAUACUUCCAUAUAUUAUCUCCUUUCAACUUUAAAUUAUUACUGCUUUAAAGCCAUAUUACGCAUUCAAAAAUUAUCAUAAACGAUCAUAAUUUGUAAUGGGUAUCUCUACGAAAUAUGCAAAUUGGUGUAGGGUAUCAUGAUGUUUGAUGUUCUUUAAUCCUGAUUGGUUGGUCAUUUCCUUCGGAAAAAAACAUGUUUUGAAAUAGCCUCCACUUAAUGGAACCCCCAUUUUUUAAUUUUGGCUAAAUUUUCCAACAAUAUGUCUGAUUCGUCCAUAUAACGGCAUAUUCAAAUAUUUUGAUAUUCCCAGCCACAUUUUCUUAUCGAUCUGUUUAUGAUUAUUUUCAAACGACCUUACUCGAUUUUAUUUCUUUUUUAUAAGGCUUUAAAACAUCUUUUAACCGAAUUAGGUGAAAUUCGAAAUUUCAUGAUCUUUGUAGAUUCCCAAAUCCCAAUAUUAAGAAUAUAAAUAUUGCAUUUAAUGCUUCUUUCUAAAAUUUCCUGUUUUUAUUCAUAAAACUUUAAGAUAUUUGACAUUUUUUUUUUUUUUUUCAAAGGGAACUUCUAUUCUCUAAGGACCCCAAAUGUUAAAUUGCUCCAGGCCAAUGAGAUAACUUGAAAAGACUUUUCUUCUAAAAUACCUUUUUAACAUCUUUUGUUCUUAGAAAACCUUUGACUAGUUUUGAUCCAUAAAAAACACUGAAAUACCAGCCCGAAAUCGAAAGAAACUCGGAAUCAGGAUGGAAAAUUCAUCAGCAGAGAUUCGGGUCGAAUUCGGAAUAAAAUGUUAGUUGGAUUACUAUUUCGGUAAUUACAAAUUAAAUGCAAAGAAUAUGAGAAAGGUUAUACAAAUAUUCUAUUGUGUAAGCCAUUGGUUAAAAUGAUUGUUCUAAAGUUUUCAAGACGUUUAAUUAAAUACUCUUAUUUGGAUUCGUAGAAAUUAUUUUUAAUGGCUUAUUUCUCUUCAGAUCCUAAAUAUUUAUUUUCCACAAUUUUUGCGGAGAUUCUGGGAAUCAAAAUUUGUUUAUGGCCCUAAUUUAUUCAACUACUAGCUAUAUUUAAGUUAGCAAUCUACAAUUUUUUGCCCUUUUUAAACAAAAAUACCAAUCGUAAAAUUAUUUUUUUUUUUUCAAAAUUAUUCAUUUGACAACAUCUCAAUGUCAAAAUGUAUAUUUAUGAAUUCAUACACAAAUCAGAGAUGGGAACCUGUUUUCUAUUCAGUAGAAUUUGACAAGAUGGAUAUGCUUGUUUGAAAUGACUACCUUUUUUAAUAAUUCAACUGUUCCCUACCCUUUCUCCUUAAUACCCAAAAUUUUUACACAUUUGAUAAUAACAAACGAAAGUAUUAAAAAUAUUUUGGGAAAUAUUUAAAUACUUGUACUAGAAAUUACAUUAUAGAUAAGUUCUAAAUAUAGAAUAAAAUAAACCACACAAAAACAUAUACCAAUUUUAACAAAUUGAAAUUUUAUAAAUAUUUUUUGAAAAAUUUAGAUUUUAGUUGAAUUUCAAUUAGAUAUUAUUUAACUACUGUAAAGCCACUUAUAAAACGAGUGAAUAUAGUUUUAUAAAUACAAAAUUUGCCGUAAAAUUAUAGAACAAAAGUAAUCUGCUUAAAUUUAAUGCACGUUGUCUUAGAUAAUACUCUAAUGGAAACUUUUAAGAAAAAUAAAAUAAAUUAUAAAAAAAAUAUAAAAA